AUUUAGAGGAUUGCUGCAUUUAGAGAAUGCAAGCUAUGGAAUUGAACCCUGCAAAACAGCUCUCAUUUGAGCAAUUGUUAUCGAAUGAUAAUUCCACAAAGAGCCUUCUGAAAUGUGCAGUUUCCAACAAGGAUAUAGAGAAAGAACACAAAGGAUGAAGAGAAAAGAGCCUCCCAGUAUGACUCAGCUACUUCGAAGGAGAAGAGCUGUCCUGCCACAGACCCGAUAUGUGGAGCUGUUCAUUGUCGUAGACAAGGAAAGGUAUGACAUGAUGGGAAGAAAUCAGACAGCUGUGAGAGAAGAGAUGAUUCGUCUGGCAAACUACUUGGAUAGCAUGUAUAUUAUGUUAAAUAUUCGAAUUGUGCUAGUUGGACUGGAGAUUUGGACAAAUGGAAACCUGAUCAGCAUAGUUGGAGGUGCUGGUGAUGUGUUGGGGAACUUUGUGCAGUGGCGGGAAAAGUUUCUUAUAACACGUCGGAGACAUGACAGUGCACAGCUAGUUCUGAAGAAAGGUUUUGGUGGGACUGCAGGAAUGGCAUUUGUGGGAACGGUGUGUUCAAGGAGCCACGCAGGCGGGAUUAAUGUGUUUGGGCAAAUUACUGUGGAGAUAUUUGCGUCCAUUGUUGCCCAUGAGUUGGGUCAUAAUCUUGGAAUGAAUCAUGAUGAUGGAAGAGAUUGUUUAUGUGAAGCAAAGAGCUGCAUCAUGAAUUCAGGAGCAUCAGGUUCCAGAAACUUUAGCAGCUGCAGUGCAGAGGACUUUGAGAAGUUAACUUUGAAUAAAGGAGGAAACUGCCUUCUUAAUAUUCCAAAGCCUGAUGAAGCCUACAGUGCUCCAUUCUGUGGUAAUAAACUGGUGGACCCUGGGGAAGAAUGUGACUGUGGUACUUCAAAGGAAUGUGAAUUGGACCCUUGUUGUGAAGGAAGUACUUGUAAGCUUAAAUCAUUUGCUGAAUGUGCAUAUGGCGAUUGUUGUAAAGACUGCUGGUUCCUUCCAGGAGGUACUUUAUGCCGAGGAAAAACCAAUGAAUGUGAUGUUCCAGAGUAUUGCAAUGGUUCUUCUCAGUUCUGUCAGCCAGAUGUUUUUAUUCAGAAUGGAUAUCCUUGCCAGAAUAACAAAGCCUAUUGUUACAAUGGCAUGUGCCAGUAUUAUGAUGCUCAGUGUCAAGUCAUCUUUGGCUCAAAAGCUAAGGCUGCCCCCAAAGAUUGUUUCAUUGAAGUGAAUUCUAAAGGUGACAGAUUUGGCAAUUGUGGUCUCUCUGGCGGUGAAUACAAGAAGUGUGCCACUGGGAAUGCUUUGUGUGGAAAGCUUCAGUGUGAGAAUGUACAAGAGAUGCCUGUGUUUGGAAUUGUGCCUGCUAUUAUUCAAACACCUAGUCGAGGCACCAAAUGUUGGGGUGUGGAUUUCCAGCUAGGAACAGAUGUUCCAGAUCCUGGGAUGGUGAAUGAAGGCACAAAAUGUGAUUCUGGAAAGAUCUGUAGAAACUUCCAAUGUGUAGAUGCUUCUGUUUUGAAUUAUGACUGUGAUGUUCAGAAAAAGUGUCAUGGACAUGGGGUAUGUAAUAGCAAUAAGAAUUGUCACUGUGAACAUGGCUGGGCUCCCCCAUAUUGUGAGACUAAAGGAUACGGAGGAAGUGUGGACAGUGGACCUACAUACAAUGAAAAGAAUACUGCAUUGAGGGAUGGACUUCUGGUGUUCUUCUUCGCAAUUGUUCCCCUUAGUCUGCUUGCGGCUUUUGUCUUCAUCAAGAGAGAUCAGAUACGGAAAAGCUACUUCAGAAAGAAGAGAUCACAAACAUAUGAAUCAGAUGGUAAAAAUCAAGCAAAUGUUUCCAGACAGCCAGUGAGUGUUCCUCGACAUGUUGCUCCAGUGACGAAUUCUAGAGAAGUUCCUAUAUAUGCAAAUAGAUUUCCAGUACCAACCUAUGCAGCCAAGCAGCUUCAGCACUUCCCAUCAAGGCCACCUCCACCACAACCGAAAGUAUCUCAGGGAAAUUUAAUUCCUGCUCGUCCUGCUCCUGCACCUCCUUUAUAUAGUUCCCUCACUUGAUUUUUUUAACCUUAUUUUUGCAAAUGUCUUCAGGGAACUGACCUAAUACUUUUUUUUUCUGACGUUUUCUUGAAAAGCCUUUCUUCCUGUUGCAACUAUGAAUGAAAAGAAAAUACCACAAAGAAACUUUACUAACACAGAAAAACAGAAACUGAGUGUGGGAGUUGAAGAAAUACAAGGAAAUGCAGUCAAGCCAGGGAAUUUAGAGUAACAUUUCCAUUUCCAUCAUUGAAUAAGUCUUAUUUGAUCAUAUGUGAGGUUAAUGUACUUAACAUGGAUUAUGUUAUUUUGAAUAUGUUACUGCAAUGAUUCUCAAAUUAACUGUAAUGGUGUUAAGAUUUGCCAUUAUGUGGUUAAAUGUUAUUCUGAGUUUUUGACCUUAGUCGUCAUUAACGUAGUUUCUGGUUGAAUCUGUGAUAAUCUAGUACCUAUGAAAACUGACUAAUUAGCUGCCAAUAAUAUCUAAUAUUUUUCAUCUUGCUAGGAUUAAUAAUCAUUAUACCCUAGAAUCUUGUCUGUCAUUCACUACAUGCAUAAGCAAAUAUUUCUUCAGAAGAAUGCACAAGAACCACAAUUAAGAUGUCAUAUUAUUUUGAAAGUACAGAAUAUAUUAAAAGAGUAUGUGUAUUCAUGUACAGUUAUUAGCUUCUAUUUUUAGGAUCUUUCAACUAUGAUAUUAACUAUUAGGAAAAUUAAUUUAAUAUUAGAAUUUCUAUUAUGAAUCAUGUUAAAGCAUGGCAUCCUUUUAUAAUACCAUGAUUUUAAAUAAAUUAUAAGCUUUAAGGUACGAGGUAUUUAAUAGAUCUAAUCAGAUAUGUUGAUUCAUGGCUAUAAUAAAACAGGAACAAUUAUAAUAUCCUGAAUCAAUUGAGCUGUUAUAAAACCACUUGAGAAUUUCAUGAGCACUUUAAGUCUAAAAUCUGAAUUUUCAAAGCUUGCUAUUAAAUCAUUUAGAAUGUUUACAUUUACUAAGGUUUGCUAGAUCAUGUCUCUAAUGAAACUAAUAUUUGCAUAGAAAUUAGGCUGGAGAAAAUGACGAAAAAGGUUUUCUUAGAUAAGUAGAAAAAAGUUACCAUGGCAUCUGAGUUAGCUGUGUUAAAUAAUGAAUUUUUACUCUGGAAGAAAUGGUAUGGACAGUAAAAUUUUAAGCACUUAAAAUUUUUUCAUAACCUUUCAUAAUGAAGUUUAAUAAUAGGUUUAUUAACUGAAUUUCAUUAGUUUAAAAACAUUUUUUUGGUUUGUGUAUAUACAAAUAGAACAUUUACAAUAAAUAAAAUACUUGAAAUUCU